GGAGAGACGAAGAGGCGAAAGGAGGAGAGGCUGCCCCCUUUUUAAAGAUCGCUUUUUUGAAGCUUCAUUGGCCAGUAGAAAGCGGAGAGCAAAAGCAAAGCAACUGUGCGUCAGUUGGGAGAGCUGAGAUCCUCUGUUGUACCGCGCGGUGUGCAGUAAAUUCCCACGAUCCACGCCACUUCACAUCACAAGCUGCUCGGAUCUCGGAAGGAUCGUGCAGUACAGCAGAGCGCAGAGGAUCCCAACUCGUGUGACACUUCGCUCUAGACUCUAGAGAGAGAUAAAAGAAGGAAUGUUACAUAGCGGAGGGCGCUGAGGUGGGGAAUGGGGUGGUGAUGUCGCUCCUGCGCCGCUGCUUUAAUGGGGGUAAUAAGAUAACUGCUGUUGCUGUUGCCCCCUGCAAUAGCACCUCGAAGAGGACAAGGAGGAAAGUGGGAAUUCCACCUACUGGUUGAUAUUGCGCUGCUUCCGCUGCUGCUUCCGGGCGGUGACGACGGGAAGAGAAAGGGACGCGGUUUCCAUGGCGUACGAAGCUGGAGCUUGGGCCGGUGGGAGGUCGGAAGGAGGAGGAGAUAAGCUCUACGAGGAGCUAUGGAGGGCGUGCGCGGGGCCGCUGGUUGAAGUGCCGAGGCCCAGGGAAAGGGUGUUCUACUUCCCCCAGGGCCAUAUGGAACAGUUGGAGGCGUCGACGAACCAGGAGUUGGAUCAGCAGAUACCCCUCUUCAAUCUCCCUUUCAAGAUACUAUGUCGCGUCGUCGAUGUCCAUCUCAAAGCCGAUCCCGAGACCGAUGAAGUGUUCGCUCAAAUUAUUCUGCAACCGGAACCAGAUCAACAUGAGCCUACGAGCCCUGAUCCAUGCUUACCGGAGCAACCGAGGCCGGCGGUCUACUCUUUCUGUAAGAUCUUGACAGCCUCAGACACCAGCACACAUGGUGGAUUCUCCGUACUCCGGCGACAUGCCACAGAAUGCCUUCCUCCACUUGACCUGUCACAGCAGAUCCCAACUCAAGAAUUGGUCGCCAAGGAUCUCCACAACUUUGAAUGGAGAUUCAAGCACAUCUUCAGGGGUCAACCUCGGAGGCACUUGCUCACUACCGGAUGGAGUACCUUUGUCACCUCCAAGAGACUGGUUGCUGGGGAUGCAUUUGUUUUCCUGAGAGGGGAGUGUGGCGAUUUGCGUGUUGGAUUGAGACGCCAAGCACGGCAACAGGCCACGAUUCCAACAUCGGUGAUAUCGAGUCAGAGCAUGCAUCUAGGUGUGCUUGCGACUGCGUCACAUGCUGUAACGACUCAUACACUCUUUACCAUCUACUACAAACCAAGAACAAGUCAAUUCAUUGUUCAUGUCAACAAGUAUUUAGAGGCUGUGAAAAAUGGAUUUGCUCUGGGAACUAGAUUUAAGAUGAGAUUUGAGGGUGAAGAUGUUCCUGAGAAAAGGUUUUCUGGAACUAUUGUUGGGAUCGAAGACUGUUCUUCGCAAUGGACAGGCUCUAGGUGGAGAUCGUUGAAGGUUCAAUGGGAUGAAGCAGCCGGUAUCGAACGACCUGAGAGAGUUUCUCCUUGGGAAAUCGAGCCAUUUGAUGCCACGGUGCUUGUGCCAAAUGUCCCACAGCCCGCUGUAGUCAAGUGCAAAAGAUCUAGGCAAGCUAGUGACACAGCUGACCUCUCAGUCCUUGAACCUACUGCAACAUUCUGGUAUUCGCGAACAACCGAUUCACAUGAUUUAGCUGCAGUAAUAAACACCGAGGCUGAAAAUGUUGAAGCUCAAGUUACCUGGCCAUCCAUGCAGAAAGGAUGCAAGGAAAACAAUAUCCUAUUUCACUCAAAUUCUCACGAAGCUGGAUUGUUUGACUGGUUGAAGGAAGCCCAAUCUCCGAUUAGGAGUUCGGGUUCUUUGCUGACGGGUGGUUUGCUGAAUCGUUUCCGAGAAACUAAUGAAGCGACCAAGUUCAAUUCCUGUCCUGCUUAUUCUAGUUGUAUGGUUAAGGAGCAGUCUGUAAAGUUGGGUAGUGCUGUAGCAGAAUUGAAGAAACCCGGAGGUGGUAGCACCAGUUACCGGCUAUUUGGGUUUGAUUUGUUUGAUCACCCUAAAAGCCGGGCAAGCACCAACAUGGUGACCACACAUUUCAGCAAAGUUGUCGAUCCCAUUGAGCAUCCUGCUAACUUGUCGGAAUCAGUGGAAGACUCUGACCAGAAAUCAGGCCUUUCAAAAGCUUCAAAGGAACAGAAGCAUUCACCACAGGACAGUCUUAAGGAGAUUCAUGGUGCACCGAACUGUUUGAGCAGAAGCCGCACCAAGGUUCACAUGCAAGGUGUUGCAGUCGGUCGGGCAGUGGAUCUGACGAUUCUAGAAGGAUAUGAUGAGCUGAUUAGAGAGCUGGAAGAGAUGUUUGAGAUCCACGGGGAGCUUCGAGACCGGAAUAAAUGGGAAGUUGUCUUCACCGAUGACGAGGAUGAUAUGAUGCUAGUUGGCGAUGACCCUUGGCCGGAAUUCUGCAAUAUGGUCAGAAAGAUCUUCAUCUACCCUGCUGAAGAGGUAAAGAAAAUGAAACCUGGGGGCAGGCUCACUCCAUUACUUCAUGAUGUAGAAGAUGUUUGUCUUAAUAAAGAUCUUAAAACCGAAGGAUGAUAGUUAGCAGGAACCUAAAAGCUCAAGUUUUCUGAGAGCUCGGGAAGUCAGGGAGGAUUACAGCAAUGAAGCUGAUGGUGAUUAAGAAUCCUUCCGACUUCAUGUUCUCACGAGGCUAAUUUGGGAGGCAGAAGGAAGAAAAAUACAUGCUUUGGGUAUGCUUGUUUUUCUAAUUCUAUAAGUCGCUGUCUUUCAUUUUCUGUCUUAUAUAGCUUUCAGUAACGUCGUCGUCACCGUAAUCAACUUGUAAAUAUAUGAUUUGAAUCUUUCUCCUUCACUACUUGUAGUGAGUGGCAGGUUUAAUCAAGCUUUACCGCCUAUCUGAACGUAUCGAUUGUUCUUGUACAAAUUUUGAUUGGAUGGCAACUCGAGAUCAUUUUAGCCUUA